AUGGAACAAGAAGAUGGCACCACCACUGUCGUUGCUGCGUCUACCUCUGAUGGUUCCGGUUUAGAUCCGAUAUCACGAGUGAGGAAGCUCUUGUUCCGCCAGAUGCUUGUCGGAAUCAAAGACGGGAGAUUCUUCCUUGGCAGUUUCCAUUGCAUUGACAAACAAGGAAACAUCAUUCUCCAAGACACCGUUGAGUAUCGCAGCAUCAGAAGAUCCUCUCCUUCUCCUACUGAACAGCGUUGUCUGGGUAUGAUCCUCAUCCCUUCCUCUUGCAGAACCUCUUGCCAUGUUGAUUGCUCUAUCGAGGAACAGCUUUCGUUGAUUCAACUCAAAGAGUAG